AUGGUACGACCAAGACGGGGGAAAAGAGCUAACGAUCCCGAAGAGCCACAGGAGUCAAAUAAAGGAGAAGGCUAUAUACAAGUAGAAAUUGGUGGUGAUAACGUCACUUUCGAAUGGCUAAAGAACAAUCUGACUACACGCAUGCAAGAACAAGAAGCGACCCGCGCUUUACUUCCAGAUUUGAUAAGAGAGAAGAAUGGCUUGUUGAAACAAGGCAAUACAACUGCAUUAAACAAUUGGCGUAGGAGACGUGGAAAAAAUAAGGUCACACGCGAAUUCCGCAAAAAGGAGAAAGAUGAUUUCAUGAACGCUCAAGCACUCUUGGAAGACUUUCUCUAUUUCCAAAACCAUUCACAUCGGCGUAAUAGAAAUUACGAAUUCAAAGUGGAUAAGAAACCCGGUCAUAGUAGGCUGAGCGCAGUGGGAUUGGGAAAUCGCCAAAAUAUACUAGAUGCAUUUGACAAAGCCAAAAUAGGGGGGCCGGUUCAUCGUAGUGGAUUUUCGGAUUGGGAAGGUAAGGAGAUUAGAGAAAGAGAGUCGGGUCAAGGACCCAAGCCAGUUCGGUUCAAUGAGUUACAUCUGUGGACUCCAGCAUGUCGACGGGUGCCAGUCGGUUUCGCCGCCACGAAAGACAUGUCAGUUGAAGCUACCGCGCUCGUGCUGGAUAUAGACAACAUUCGAGAGGAGUGGAAGCGUAUAGAGGAGGUGGAAAUUCCUGAGAGAGGCCAGGAAGGCUUUCCUUACCGAACGCACAUGGAAAGAAGGCAACAGGAACAAGCGCUCUACAGGAGUGAGCUUGGGAACUUGAGGCCUACCACUGCAGGCUUGCACCUUGAGACAACGCCGGAUGGCGUGAAACUUCAGGAUAGAUUCAGGGACAUGCAAAUACUGGACGGCGUCUUCAUUUCCGCAUUAGAGUCCUCAUAUGACUGGCGCACGUCAUACGACUUACUCGGGCCAGUGAAAAGCGGCAUCUACGCAAACUUCACCGUCAGCGACGAACGCGAGACAAUCGACGAAGAGCCGGCAGAAGACAGUCUCGAAAACGACGACAAUAUCACCGAGCAACCCGAACCAUCCAAGAAGCGCAAAGCAACAGGGAAGACGAAAUCUUGUACGAAAAAGAAACCCAAGAACGACGCAACAGAGGACCAAACCACUGAACACACAACCGCCGAACAACAACCAACCACGGACAAUCGCACAAUGCUCGACUGCCCCUACCCAGCCGGCGAAUUCCAACAACCCUCCUCAAAAAGACCCCUCACCCUCUCCACGCCGCUGGUCUCCACCCCCUGGUGCGAAGAAACGCCCGGGCGGCGCGAAUACCACGUCUCUCUGCUCCUCUCGCCGUCCUCAGCCGUCGACUCGCCGCCGCACACACCGAUCCCUCACCCCACGGCUGCCAGCCUGCCGGCUUCGUUCCCCAACGACGAAGUGAGCCCUAUCGGCUUGGCCGCCCAGCGGCGCUGCGCGCACGAGCCCGAGCGGUGCCGGGCGUGGUGGAGCCACGCAGCAGAUGCGUGUUGGAUCGUGGAGUCGGAAGCAGCGGGGCGGCGGAGUCCGGUGGUGCACCCGAUUGCUGAGAUCGAGGGGCCCGGCGAGGAGGAGUUUGUGCUGCCGGAAGGGGCGAGGGCGGUGUAUGGGGAGAGGGUGGCGGAUCAGUAUGGGGUUAUGGGGGAGGCGUGGCCGAGAGUAGGGGUUAGGGUGCCGUAUGAACCGAUGGGUUGGGAUGAUGUUAGGGUGGGUGGGAGGAGGGAUGGUGGGGAGGAGGAGGGCGAGCGUGCGAGGAACGUGGUGCAUGAGUAUCGUGCCAUGGCGGCGCCGUUGAUUCCUUUGGAGGAGCGGGUUGGUGGUGUUAAUGCUGAUGCAGAUGCGGAUGCGGAUGCUGGCAAUGGAGUGGGCUAUGAGAGUGACGGGUCUGACUACGAAGGUGAUAUGUUUCGUAGUAUGUAUAGUCUGGGGCGUAUUGGUAUUACAACUCGGGCAUCGGAAUCCCGGAUGAGCCAGGCGGAGAGUGCGGCGGAGUCUUAG